CCUGCUGUUGAAACAGCAGAGGAAGCUAAGGAGCCAGCAGAGGCAGACAUCAAUGAACUCUGUAAAGAUAUGUUCAGCAAAAUGGCCACGUAUUUAACAGGUGAACUGACAGCCACCAGUGAAGACUACAAGCUCUUGGAAAACAUGAAUAAGCUGACUAGCUUGAAGUACCUGGAAAUGAAAGAUAUUGCUAUUAACAUUAGUAGAAAUCUGAAGGAUUUAAAUAAAAAAUAUGCUGCUCUUCAGCCAUAUCUGGAACAAAUCAACCUAAUUGAGGAGCAGGUUGCAGCUCUGGAGCAGGCAGCUUAUAAAUUGGAUGCAUAUUCCAAAAAACUUGAAGCCAAGUACAAAAAACUGGAGAAACGAUGAAUUUACGACAGUCUUUAAGUUGGAGUUGGACUAUGAGUCAGACUGAUUUACCUGUUUAUGUUGCACAACAGCAAUUCUGUACAUUGACAAGAAUUUGAUUACAGCUAAUGUCAAGACUGGUAACUUUUUCUACCUAUUGAAUACAGUUGGCUGUAUUCAGGCUUAAGGCUGAAUAAUAUUUUCCUCUGCCAAAGAGGUUCUGUUGCCUCAGU